GAUAAAAGGACCUACAGUCUAAACCUUAGGGGUUAAUGUACUAGUAUGUCAGGCUGUGUGAAUGCAGGGAACAAAAUUGUUUUUGGGACAGGCACAAAGCUGCUGGUGUUAAGUGGGGAGAGCAUGAAACCAUCUUACUAUGAGUUGAAAAAUGAUGAAACAACAGCUUGUCUGGCAACAGAUUUCAGCCCAUUCAACUCAAGCAUAUUUAGUGAUCGCACCGAAGCCACCAGAAUGGAAGGGGACACAUACUACAGCCAGGUUGCUCUAAGACAAAAAUGCCCCUCUAAUAACACUUACGAAGCUUGUACAGCACAGGGUAUUGAAUCAGAUGUAAAGACCAGAUUCCUAUCACUGACCAUUCUGGGCCUGAGAAUCCUGUUGGUGAAGACCAUAAUUUUCAAUGUGCUGAUGACUCUUCGGGUGUGGAUCAGCUAGAAUACAGCAGUCUGUCAAAGAAGACAACAACAUUAGCCCCAUGUCUAUGUGGAAGCAUAGAAAUGUUAUUUGCCUUAUGUCAUAAUUGUAAUUUUCUUCUGUAAUAUUAUGUAUUCUAAAAAAAGUUCAUGUGUGCCGUUUAGUGUAUGUUUGUAGUUAGUAGUUUGUAGUUGAGAAACAUGUAUUAUUAGUAAUUUGCUAAGGAAGAGGACUACUGUGUUGUACAGUAAAAAAAAAAAAGUAUGUUGGUAUAGAUGUUUUUUCCCCCCUCUUCAACAGUUAAAACUAUUAUUUGCAUCUUUGUCUGGACAUGGAUUGAUUUCACCUUCGGAUAUCAUAAUGCUUAAUGUGAUUAUUCUGUAUUUACAGUGAACUGUCAAUUGUUUAACAACUAAUCCAAGCAUCCCUCAUACUCUGUGUCCACACUGAUGUACAUUCAUUUGUAUAUAGUAAAAAUGAUUUAAAAUAUCUUAAUUUGUAUAUCAGUCAUAAAUGUGUUUUUGAAAUGUUCUGUAUUGAUGAAAAUAUUUCAGUAAUUAAAUAAAAUAAGAAUUUGAA